GGCUGGCGGGAGAUGCCGGGAAGUGCAGAAUACUCGCGAAUCCUGCUCAUGGUUUGCGGUGUACGAACAGUGCCUGUCUACCGUUAACUUCCAGCCAUCGAGUUUCGUCCAGUCAUUCAUUGUGCAUUGCAAAAAUAUCCACAACAGGCAAAUUCAAGCCGUAACGCACUUGCUAUUUUCCCUCGCACUACGGAGUCAUUGUACUCAACAGGACCUUUCUCACUGCUGUUUUAACCUAUUAGACGGCACUAGAUAGUAUCGUUCACCCUGGUGUGUGUCACACGGGAUAACUUGACGUUCGAUUGACAUAGGGGGACGGUGCUGCGGGGGAAUAAAAUACACAACUCCCAGAGGCCCUUAUUCACAACCUACUUGUACGCGCACUGCCCAGAGUGCAUUGUUACAUAGGGUAAGCCCGCAUACAAGUUAGAGCGAACAACACUGUCAAGCCCUUGUUACGAUACUGGCGUGAUUCCUGGAAAGAGCUGCGUUGGAUCAGGAAGACGUUGCAUUAAUUUUGGCGAGGCGACUGCGCACUUUAUCGAGGCUGAUCAGUGAUCAUCUUAUCCAAGGUCCUGUUGAGACGUUCUGUCAGCCCAUUGGUCUCGGAAUGGAUAACAUGCAGGGCGACGACAUCGUGAUCUCCGGUUUUUCCGCCUAUUUCCCUCAAGCGGAUCACCUGGUCGAGUUCAAGCAGAAGCUCUACGCGGGCGUGGAAAUGGUCACCGAGGACGAUUCGCGAUGGCCUCCAGGAUACAAUGACACGCCGAAAGUCCACGGAAAGAUAAAAGACCUGUCCCGCUUUGACGCACAAUUCUUCAGUACGCAUCCAAAGCAAGCUCACGUUAUGGACCCACAGAUGCGAUUGCUACUGGAGACGUCGUACGAGGCCAUCUUAGAUGCUGGUUACGACCCAGAGGCAUUGCGGAAGCGCAAAAUUGGCGUUUUCAUCGGCAACUCAUCUUCAGAGACAAGCGAAGCCUUCAAGCUGGACCGCACAAAGGUGGAAGGCUACGUCGUACUGGGAUCACUCCGGGCUAUGUUUUCCAAUCGAAUUUCCUACUCUCUCGACCUGCUAGGACCGAGCAUGACUAUCGACACUGCCUGCUCGUCCACCAUGGUAGCCCUAAGUGAAGCCCUGCUCGCGAUGAGAUCUGGACGCUGCGAGGCAGCCAUCGUGGGAGGAGCCGGCCUCACCCUUGAUCCACAUCUGAUGACAAACUAUAACCUUCUGGGCAUUCUCUCGAAAGAUGGAAAAUCCAGGCCCUUCGAUACAAAGAGCAAUGGCUACGUUCGCAGUGAAACUGUGGGCGCAUUCUUCCUUCAAAGAUAUUCCAACGCCCGACGUGUAUACGCCAGAGUCAUCAACGCCAUAGCGAAUGCAGAUGGAUUCAAGGAAGAAGGUGUCCCAUAUCCGUCGGUAACCGGUCAUGAGAGACUUCUGCGGGACGCGUACUCCGAGGUCGACGUGGAUCCUACGAAAGUUGUUUACGUGGAGGCACACGGCACUGGGACCAAGGCUGGUGGCAUUCAGGAGCUGGAGGCGAUCAGCAACGUAAUUUGCUCACCCAGACGCGAGAAACCACUUUUGAUCGGAUCGGUCAAAAGCAACAUGGGGCACUCCGAGAGCGCCUCUGGAAUCUCUGCUGUGGCAAAAGUAAUACUCGCCAUGGAAACGGGCACAAUAGCCGCCAAUAUAAACUUUGACGAGCCUGAUCCAGCCAUGCCCUCACUGCACGAUGGGCGCAUCAAAGUGGUUGACAGGCCAACGCCAUUUGACGGUGGCAUGAUAGGCAUCAGCUCCCAGGGAAUUGGUGGCGCGAAUGCGCACGCCAUCUUGGAUUCCAACCCGGGCCCCCACGCUGAGAGCCUUCCACGUCAGAAGCCAUAUCUGCCGAGGCUUAUUAUUAUGUCUGGAAGAAGCAAAGAGGCUUUAAUGCAAACACUGAACCGAAUAGAGACAGAGGGACCGUACCCGGACUCUGGUUACGCCUUGCUCAACCGGAUUGGUCAGCGAAGCGUCAAGCAGUUCCCGUACCGAGGAUUCGCCAUCGUGCCAGUGGACGACGUGAACAGGGAGGUGGUGAAGGUACUAGAGCGGGCUCGGCCAGAGAAAAGACCCAUUUGGUUCGUCUUCAACGGGGUCGGCUGCCAGUGGAAUGGUAUGGGACGCCAUAUGAUGCAGUUUCAACCUUUCGCCGAGUCCAUCCGCAAGUCACACACCAUCCUCAAGGAGAAAGUCGGAGAAGACCUAAUGGAUAUGCUGAUCUUUAGCGAGCCUCAGUCCAAGACAAUCAAGGAACAAUUUGCCUCGAUUGCUGCUGUUCAGGUAGCGCUCGUGGACACGCUUCAAGCUCUGAGGGUCCAGCCGGAUGGCUUGUUGGGUCAUUCGGUUGGUGAGGUUGGCUGUGCCUAUGCAGAUGGGUGCUUCACCGCGGAGCAAGCCUUGCUUGCCGCCUAUUGGCGAGGCCACUGCUUAGAGAUGGGAUAUGCGUUCGACGGUGCCAUGGCGGCUGUAGGUCUCACGUGGGAAGAGGCAGAGCGGCGCUGUCCUCCUGACGUGUACCCUGCGUGCCACAACGCUGAAGAUUUUGUGACAGUUGCCGGCACUGCCGAAGCGGUAGAAAAAAUGGUCGAGCAGCUGCAAGCCGAGAACGUAUUCGCCCGCAAGGUGGACAGCAUGGGAGUUGCUUUUCACACAAAGCACGUCAACCACAUCGGACCUAUCUUCCAUAGCACUCUUGAAAAGAUUAUACCUCAACCAAAGCCACGCAGCAAGCGCUGGAUCAGCACGUCGGCGCCUGAAAGCCGUUGGAAGGAACCUGGCGCCCUGCUAUGCUCCGCUGAGUACCAAACAAACAACUUCGUAAGCCCAGUGCUGUUCUGCGAGGCCCUGAAGCAUGUGCCUGAGGACGCUAUCUUGCUGGAGAUCGGACCACAUUGCCUGUUGCAAGCGAUCCUGCGAAGAGCUGUAGGCCCUGAUGCCAGCUGCGUGGGCCUCAUGAAGCGCCAUGUGGACAAUGUGGAAUAUUUUCUGCGCUCGUUGGGAAAACUUCAUAUCCUUGGAGUGGAGAUGGACUUGUCAGUGAUGUACCCUCCAGUUCCGUGGCCCUUGCCCCGCGGUACCCCAAACAUUGGUCACUUGGUUGGCUGGGACCAUUCUCAAAGCUGGGAUGUUGCACAAUGGAAAGAUUUUUCUUCGCCUGAACAGGCCAAGGAAGAUAUCUUGGAAGUCGGCAUAGAAGCCCACAGCAAGGACAACUAUCUCGCUGGUCAUCAGCUAGAUGGACGUGUCCUGUUUCCUGGCACUGGCUAUGUAGUAUUUGCUUGGCAGUUCAUUGCCAGUCAGUAUGGAAGGCAUAUCCACGAUACGCCUGUAAUUGUUGAGGACAUCAAGAUUCAGCGUUUCACAAUUCUGCCUCCAUCGGGUUGCGUCCGUUUCCAGAUCACUAUGAUGCCCAUCACUGGUGAUUUCGAAGUGUGCGAAGGUGGAGCAGUGGUCUGCAAAGGCCGUAUUCGUGUAGCCGAAGAAGGUGAGAAGGUGCUACUGAAGGACCCUCCUGGAAAGCCUUCUGAAGGCAUAGUCUUCGAUAUGGACUGUGCGGAGGUGUACAAGGAGCUGAGGCUUCGUGGAUACCAGUACCAUGGACUAUUUCAAGGUGCCUUCAAGGCUGUCUCACAGAAACCUUACGCGAAGCUGAAAUGGCAGGACAACUGGGUGACCUUCAUGGACUCCUUGGUGCACAUGAGUUUCAUCUGGAAGACAAAAAGAGAAUUCGUGCUGCCACUUGCAAUUCAGUCGAUCCGUAUUGACCCGAAAGUUCAUGCAAGAAUCACGGAAAUUGUUGGAGACGAAGGAGUGGACCUUGUGUACAACUCCCACUACAACAUGCGCCAGGCUGGUGGCGUCGAAAUCCAAGGAGUCAAAGUCAACACCGUCCAACGGCGUCCGAUGCUCCAGACGCCAAUUGUAGAAGACUACCGCUUUGUCCCCUACAUAGACGAUGAGAUUACCUGUUGCCAACGCGAGAACCUCUUGCGAGAGUAUAUCGAAGUGUGCAAGCUCAUCAGCCAACGUGCCCUGAAAAUGAGCGAGGAAAACAAUAGCCACAUAGCUAUAGCUUCAAACAGCUGUGUUGAAGUGCCAGAGAUGGUCCUAAACCAGUAUAUAGACAACGUUACACCUAAUCAUGCCCUUCUGCAGCUGCUCAUCGGCAUUGACAAACAAGUAAACGAUGCUGCAGCAUUGCCAGCCGCAAUAAAAUCUGCCCUUCUUGCCUCUGCAAGCAUUUUCGAAGAAGACGUCCUGAGCACCACACUCUUAGAAGAGGACCCUCUCAGAGAUGUCCUCGAUGUAGUGCUCGAAAACACAAGCUCCGUUAAGGUCCGUGUCCUGGAGCUCACAGUCGAAAGCACCCUCGCAGCCAUUGGUCCUCGUGUGUCCACUCUCCUGUCCAUGUACAGCGUGAACCUGAAGACUGAAUACAUGCUCCUCAACAUAAACAGCACCACCAUCGCGCUGCGAGAAUUGGAUGAAGUCACAGAACCAGUUUCACCUCGCCAAUCUUUGGUGUCACAAGGAAAGCUAAUUGAAGCUGACUUGGUCAUUGCUUUUAUUGGAAUCUUGAGGGGUUUUGGCCACUUGAAUAAUGUGGCUGAAACAAUGGCUUCACACUGCAAAGAACAUGGAUUCCUUCUUCUGUGCCAUCGCACAGCACUGACUGCGGCUGAGGCGCUCCUGUCUAAAACGAGUGGUGUUCCGUUUCACGUUUACUCUGUGGAGAUGACCACAGCUGCCCUCAGAAGCCAUGGGUUCAAGUUGGUUGCACUCAAGUCAAACAAUCUGUCGACUCUGCUGCUGUUCAGAAAAGUUAGCUUGACGGUCGAUGUCACAAAGCAGACAAUCGUAAUGGUGCAAAAUGAGCAGUUCAGUUGGAUUGAUUCCCUCAAGAAAAAAGUUGCGGAAUAUGAAAGCAAACCUGUGGGAGAGAAUAUUUGGAUACUCGCUGAAGAUUCCGGUCAGAGUGGCAUCCUCGGUUUAACAAACUGCCUUCGAAAAGAGAACAUCGGUCAACGCAUUCGCUGCGUAUUUGACGCCACCUUGAAUAGUUUCAACCAUGUAACCGACUUCAGCGCCGCCCACCCAGCUUAUAAGGACAUACUGGAAAAAGACCUGGUCAUGAACGUCUACUGCGACGGUCAGUGGGGAUCCUACAGGCACCGCAACGUGCAUUGGAGCGGAGAGGCAAAGACAACAACGCAGUUCGCAUACCUCAACGUGCAAACUCCUGGAGACCUCUCGAGUCUGCAGUGGUACGAGUCUCCUUUAAGGUAUCUCUCACCCUGCGAUAAAAUUGGCUUUGAGGAGGCGUACGUGGACGUCUAUUAUGCUGCCGUCAACUUCCGCGACGUCAUGCUGGCCAGCGGUAAAUUAAACUUGGACUCGUCACGCGGUGACAACGUGAUUGGAGAAGCCUUUCUUGGUAUGGAGUAUUCAGGCCGUGACUGGAACGGGCGGCGUGUCAUGGGAAUUGUCAAGGGCCAGUCGAUAGCGAGCGUCCUCACUGUUGACCCGGCACUCACGUGGGACAUUCCCGAAUCCUGGAGCAUGGAAGAGGCUGCCACGGUGCCCAUGGCAUAUUCGACUGCCUACUAUGCUCUGAUUCUACGGGCUGGUAUGCAAACGGGUGAAUCGGUGCUCAUUCACAAUGGCAGUGGAGGCGUCGGACAGGCUGCCAUCUCUAUUGCCCUUUCAAUGGGCUGCGAAAUCUUCACCACAGUAGGAACAAAUGACAAGAGAGAGUUUAUCAAGUUGCGGUUUCCAGCAUUAAAAGACAAAAACAUUGCUAACUCUCGUGACCUGUCCUUCGAGGAACACGUAAUGAAUGAAACUGAUGGCCACGGGGUGAACCUGGUGCUGAAUUCCUUGUCCGACGAGAAGUUGCAAGCCAGCUUACGCUGCUUGGCCACGCAUGGUCGCUUCGUGGAGAUUGGCAAGCUCGACCUGUUCGAGAACAACGAUCUGGGCAUGUCAGUAUUUUUGCAGAACGUAAACUUCCACGGGGUCAUGUUGGACAGCCUGUGGACAGAUGACCCUAUCGCAUUAGCGCACAAGCGCAGCCUCAAUGCACUUCUCGCCGAAGGAAUUAAGUCUGGUGUGGUCCAGCCUCUCAAUGCGUUCAAGUUCAUCCGAGGAGAGACCGAAGAAGCGUUUCGUUUUAUAGCCUCUGGAGGUCACAUAGGCAAGGUCGUGAUCCAGAUACGACCGGAAGAGGACGAGCGUGUGACACGUGCCCCUCCGCUAAUUCUUGAAGCAGUGGCGCGUCCCCACUUCUACCGGCACAAGUCAUACGUCAUCGUCGGUGGCCUGGGUGGCAUCGGUCUUGAGCUUGCCCAAUGGAUGGUGACACGUGGAUGCCGCAAGCUUCUUCUGAUCUCUAGGAGUGGUAUCCGUACGGGGUACCAGAGGCUUGCGCUUAAGCGCUGGACUGAUAUGGGCGCCACAGUGCUUGUCAGCACUGAUGAUGUGUCGACAAAAGAAGGCGCACGCAAGAUUAUCGAGACUGCAUCAAGCUUUGGUCCCAUGGGCGGGAUCUUCAACUUGGCUAUGGUUCUGCGUGAUGCCUUGAUUGAGAACCAGACGGCAGAGAUGUACGCGAAGGUGUGUAAGCCAAAAGUGCUGGCCACUCAGAGCCUCGACGAGGUGUCGCGGCAGCAGUGUCCCGAGCUCGACCACUUCGUUGUCUUCUCCUCUUUCUCUUGUGGCCGUGGUCAAGUCGGUCAGACAAGCUACGGCUUCGCCAACUCCGUCGCGGAGCGCCUGUGUGAGCGAAGGGUCGCCGAUGGGCUUCCCGGCUUGGCCAUUCAGUGGGGCCCUUUUGGAGAAGUUGGCGCGUUCUAUGAAAGUAUGCGCUCGGAAACGCAAUUUUUCGGAGUUAUGCCACAGCCGAUAAAUUCCUGCUUGGCUGUUAUGGACUACUUCCUCAGUCAAAAACAGCCCACCGUUUCCUGCUUCGUGAAGAGUACCAUGUCAUCAACUCAAGACGGCGGCGAGAAGCGAAAUCUUGUUGAGAGCGUGGCUCGCAUACUUGGCGUCAAAGAUCCGUCCAAACUGAACUCGUCCGUCAGCCUCGGUGAGUUGGGCAUCGACUCUAUGAUGGGCAUCGAGGUGAAGCAACUGCUGGAGCGUGAAUACGACGUGACUCUGUCCAUGCAAGAAACUCGGCAGCUUACCAUCAGUCAGAUAAAGGAGAUCGGCGAAGCAAGCCUGCGUCAACAGCCAGCGCUUGAAGCGUCAACUCUGGUCGAAAUAGAAGAACUGGAUCAAACUGUUUCAAGUUCAGAAGACAGAUGGGUUAUCUAAUAUCACCCCCCAACCAGGUGCGAGCCCCACCAUGAAACCAUCAGGAACCGACUGGUGCACCAACCGAGGUCAUCCACCUAAUGAUGUUCAUCACAUAUGCUGAACAUUAUGAAUACGCCAAUAUUUUACGACAUAAACCAGCCACGAAACAAAUAAAUCUUUUCUGCAACCAUU